CCAGCAGCAGCAGCAGCCAUGGCGCUAUUCGCCUCCCGGCGCACAUUAGCCACCCUUUUCAGCCGCACCGUAUCAUCUCCUUCUCGUGCCCGCCUCACUGUCCCUCUCCUCAAUCUCCAUAACGAAACCCCAGAGGCAGCUCCGAUCCCGUAUAACAUCCUAACCCGGAACAGAACAUCCGGGUCGGGCUACUCUCCCCUAAAUGACCCGUCACCCAACUGGAGCAACCGACCGCCGAAGGAGACGAUACUCCUCGACGGUUGCGACUAUGAACACUGGCUUAUCGUCAUGGAGUUCCCAAAUGACCCCAAACCCUCGGAUGAAGAAAUGGUUAACACUUAUGUUAAAACCCUAGCCUCUGUUGUUGGAAGUGAAGAGGAGGCAAAGAAGAAAAUUUACUCUGUUUGCACAACAACAUACACUGGAUUUGGUGCUUUGAUUUCUGAGGAGCUCUCAUACAAAGUUAAAGGUUUACCAGAUGUUCUGUGGGUUUUGCCUGAUUCAUAUCUUGAUGUUCCCAACAAGGACUAUGGAGGGGAUCUUUUUGUUGAUGGAAAGGUUAUUCCUAGGCCACAAUAUAGAUUCAAUGAGAGGCAACAAACCAGGAACAGGCCUCGUCCACGGUAUGAUAGACGACGUGAGACUAUGCAGGUUGAAAGGAGAGAGCCUAUUCGAAGAGAGGCCUGGUCUCCAAGUCAGCAAGCAGCGCCGCAGCAGCCAACACCAAUGAAUGGCCAGAAUGUACCUCAGAGUGGUGAGGGUGGUUAUCAACCAAACCAGGGAGGGUUUCAGGGGACAAAUGCCUGAAAAUCAUAGUUGUUGAAAGAUGAGAUUCCUCUGAAUUUAGUUAAGCUUGAGGGAUGGAUAGUAAUUUGGCCCGUCAUGUAUUGUCAAGUUAGCUGGUUAGGAAAGACUGCAUGUUACCUGGCAUGUCAGAACUCGUGUGAAUAUCCAUUGGGAUCUUUUGUAAUUGGUAUUUUACUUGAUUUAGUAGAAUGGCCCUUGAAGUAACUGAAACUUCAGCAGGCAUUUUCUUUAACUGCAACUAUAAGUUCCUUUUGAACCUUGAAUUCUUGUCCGAUUAAUAAGAGAUAGAACUGGAAAUGGUUA